UUGCCAACAUCAGUAGCACUUGAAAACAUGAAUAAAGCCGGGACUCGUAUGGGGCCGGAUCACUUUGUUAUACCCUAUAGUAAUACUGAACACUAUGCCUAGUAUACCUAGACUUUAGGGUCACUUUGACACUGAGGCAAUGUCUUUUUUUUCAGGGGACAAAAGUUUACAUUUGAAUCCUGAACUAGUAUUUUACUUAAGUCAAACAAAAAUAAAUAAUAGUAAAUAACUAUAACUGAAAUGCAGAAAGAAAAGAGAUUCAAAGGCUAUUUUACAAACUUUCUUCUUCUUCUUAUUCUUAUUAUUAUUAUUGUUUUGUCCUAAAUACUGCCCUGUUAGCAUUUUGCCUUCAUUUUGAGCACAGACUGGGCAUUUUACAGCUCCUGCUUAAUUUAGACAUUGGGGGAAACGAAAGUGAUGCAGCCUGAGUUACUCACUCAAAGCUGGAUGGGAUCCUAGUUUUUCAGAGUAAAAGUCCAUUCUUGACCCCCAUAAAUAAACAAUCUCCACUUACUCUAUGUGAUAUACGGUUAAAAGCUCCUGGGAAAAAAAGUUAACACAUGAGUUUAAACUUUUUCAGUCCAGGGUUAUUUCAAACCCUAUCCACCAAAAUAUCAUUUCAAAAACGCGCUUUGGGCUUUUAGCGUAUGUAACAAUUUUGACCCUUGAGACUCACCGUAGCCAGCCAGCGUCAUGGCGGCUGUCAACUCGAAACUUUUGACGCGACUAACUUUUUAAGCGGAAAUGUGUUUCCCUGGACUCCUAGUUAGUUUCAAAACUCUUCAGAUGAGACCAAUCAGAAGACCAGAACACAAACAUCUUGGAUAACUCAACUAUAACUCUGUUUUAUUACCAGGAUGUGUCACUUUCUGCGCUACGGGGUCAGCCACUGCCUCCAGGGAGCGAUGACCCGACUCAGCGCGGAGGAGGUGAGUGUGCGCUCCUCUCUGCGCAUGCUCGGCUACCUGUCCGGGCUGAACCUUGUGGUGGCCCUGUGUUUGGGGCUGUACGCCCGGUGGGAGAGCACCGCAGAGACCUCCCUUCUUGUCACAUUCAUUCUGGCUCUAGUGGUCCUGGGUGUUGCAGGUGUGGUGUACUGCUCCUCCAGCAUGGACUGGCUCAGCUUGGGUCUCCUCCACCUGUGGGUUGGGUUCCUUCUGGGGCUGCAGUGUUUCCUCAACAGCGCCCCUCUGGAGAUGAAGGUGAAGGUGCAGGCGGCUGACUACCUGCUGCUGUCCAGCGUCUCUCUGAGGACGCUGUGGGCUCUGCUGGAGAGGCUGCUCAGAUACACAACGCACCGCCCGGCCUUCCUCACCUCUCAGGAGCAGCUGGAGCUGGUUGGUUUUGCAGCUGCCAGCACGGCGCUGCGGCUCCAGUCGUCCCUGAGCGUGAUGGUGCUGGUGCUGGCGUUGGCCACCGUCAUGGUUGCCCUCCGGAUGAAGGCUUUCCUGGCUCAUGCCAACUUGAUCUGCUUCGCCGUCGUCACUGGCGUGGUCUUCUUCAAGUCUCUGAACGUCUCCACUAACCCUUUCGCCCUCAGCUGCUUCUUCAUCCAGCUCAUCUGCGACCCCCUGCUGGAUGUCUACUUCAGCGGUCUCUCUGUGACCGAGCGCUGGCAGCCUUUCCUGGUGUGGCGGGCCCUGUGGCGCCGGCUGUCUCUCCUCCCUCUGAUGGCGCUGGAGGUGACCUUCAUCGUUCUGGCCGCUCAGAAGCUGAGAGACAUGGACCAGUGGUACCUGAUGAUCCCACUCUUUGUUUUCCUCUCCAUCUGCUGGGCCAUCAGCCACAUGAUGUUUGUCUUCACAGUGUGGGGCUUUCACACCAAGCUCAGUGAAUGCCAGAGGCUGUCCUCGUCCCAGGGGUCAGGGGUCAGGGGCCUGAACAAGAUUAUGGCCUCACAGGGCAUGAGACAUUUCUGCCUCAUCUCUGCAGACGUGGUGGUGCCCUUGCUGGUGUCCACUGGUGUCGUAGCCGCUUUUUAUUGGCAGGACUCCAGCAGUAUCUUUUUGAGCAUCUUCCUGCUUGUCCUGAAUCUGGAGUCUCUGUUUCACGGGCUUUUCCACGAGCUGGGGAAAAGCUUAGGAGGAACCUGUGUGGGCUACGCACUGGUCAUCCCCACCAACUUCUGCAGUCUUGACGGCCAGCCCAUGCUGCUGCCUCCCAGCCAGGUUCAGGAGCUGAAUGCGCGCUCUACAAGCCUGUUGAACAAUAUUCAGCGCUUCUUCGCCCACCACUUCAUUGAGAGUUUUGGCUCCGACUAUUCCACCAGUGGGGUGACCCUGGAGGCUCUGCGGUCAAAGAUACAAUCUUUCUUUGAUCUUCGCGUGGCAAACGGACCUUGCCACGACACCUACGUGAUCUUCUACAGCGGCCCCACUCACCGGUCCGGAGACUGGGCACUGACAGGAGGAGACGCUCUCCACCUGGAUCAGAUCUUGGAGUGGUGGAGGGAGAGGAACGGCAGCCUCUGCUCGCGCCUCAUCUUUGUGCUCGACUGUGACAACUCUUUGCCGUGGGUGAAUGAGGUGAAGAGGGUGGAGAGUCUGUAUGUUGCUGUGCAGGGAGCGACGCUCAGUCGAGUGAGCGAUGUCGAGCACCAGGAUCCCCCGCAGCUCGGAGACUUCACCUCUCGAUGGGUGGAGUAUAACUGCAACUCAAACAGCAACAUACAGUGGUCGGAGAGCGGCCGGGCGAUUUCAGCCACCUACGGUAUCUCCAAAUACUGGAGCGACUACACGCUGCACCUACCAACAGGAAGUGAUCUUACAAGGUACUGGAGCGUGUACUUCCCUCAGAUUACCCGCUCAGUGGUACAGGUGGUGCUUGCCAGUCGGCAGUCCAGCGAUCCGAACCAGCCGGGGUACUUCACCCUCGGCCUGCGAUAUCUAAAGAGACUCAAAAUAAACUUGUUUCCACCAGCGAUACUGGACACUGGCCAAGGCUUCAAACUGGUCCGCUCAUAGAAAUGUGGCCAAACUAUUUUUCAAAAGCCGUCCACUUUGUUGGACCUUGAAAAAAAGGCAGCUAUUGGAUUGUUAAUGCACGCUAACCAUCACAUAGUUACUGAUUGGUCGAUUUGGAAUUUGUCUAUUUUAGUACCGUUUUUUAUAUUCUUUGCAAAUUUUUCUAUUAACGUGCGUUUUUUUCUGUGAUUUAGAGAUCUUAACACCCCUGUCGAACAGAAAUGUCAAUGUGUGGGAUGAACCUGAGCAAAUUGACUCAAUUGUUGCACAUUUUCCCAUCAUAUUUACUGUUAGAUUUGAUUCCACCUUGAUUUAAGGAACAUUUGUGCCUUUUUUACUUUAAAAUCACCAAAGAAUAUCCAGCUGGCCAGGCUGAUUAUUUUAAACUUUAACCAAAGUGUUAGUGGUACGUUUUCCGAAGAAGAUCUGAGACAUAAAUCAUAUAUGCAACAUUUACGCAGCCUGGAGCAGUUUGUAGGUCAAAAUGUUUUCGCUCUUGUAUCCUGUGAAAUGAUUCCUGUUACACCCAGCUGCACUAAACUAUGCAUUUUACACUCCAAGCUUUGAGUAUAUUCAAUGCGCUGCUUUUUGUCUGUUGUAACAGCAUGUUGCAAUGCUUUGAGGAGUUAUAUUUCAAUAAAUUCCAGCUGCUUCAGGGAGUCCAGAGAGUGUAAACUCUGUUGAUGAUUGCACUACGCACAGCUAUGUGUGAACUACAGUAUUUGUCAUAAUAAAUUUAUUGCAGUUUACUGGGUUAUGCAAUAUUAUUCAUGUGAAAGAUGAAUAAAACUAUGCAAUAAAAGAGAAAAGGAACUUCGCUCUUAAAAUCAUGAAUUUACGUGUCUCUUAGUUGGAUAUAUUCUCCAAUUAACAGGUUAUUUCCUGUUUCAGGGACUAGAACUAUGACAACAAAUCUAUCUAAUUUUCCAUCCAUUAAAAAUAAAUAGUCUGACUUCAGGUAACACAUUUUUGUGGGGCUAUAAUUUCCUUAGAAAAAACUUUUUAAUUUGCCACUUAUUAAAGGGAAAAAAAACAAUUAUACGUUAGUUAAUUGUUCUUAGUUUUUUAAACAGUUGUUGAUUUGCAGAAAGAUUUCCUUUAAAGAACUGCUCCUUUUAAAUCAAAUCACCUCAUCAUUUUAUCCUAUAAGUCACAUCAUUUUAUCCUAUAAGUCACAAUUGUCAUAAUGAAUGAAAGCUUUAGUUAUCUCCAAAAACGUCUCUUGUUUGGUCACAGUGACAUUGAAAAAUUCUUAUCAGUUCAUUCUUUAAAUUUGAAGAAAAUCCCUCCAGGAGUUCCUGAGCUAGCGCAUUCUCAAGAAAAGAAUAGACAACCCAAAAACAUAAUGCAACCAGGCAAGGAGGCAUGAAAAAGUUAUAGUCUAGUAUGCCAUAAAACAUGUGAUAGUAUUGUAUGCCAUAAAAAGGUCCUUAUUGCCCUCACUGUACUGUUUGCCUGCGAUUUGUUUUGCGCGGCUGCUUUCUUUGCAGUUACUGGAGGUAAAUGGAAGAGAGUCAUCCCCAAAUGAGGGUUGAAAACCAUAUCAGAGCUCAGUUGCUGGCUCUCUCCCUGAGACAUUCAUUUGUACUUUGGAUGUUUCUGGCUUGUUGCUGCACCUUACAACUUUGCACUUCCACUCAUGAAUGUAACUGUUAGUUUAGUUUUCCUCUUACGCUAUUCUUUGAAUAAAAUAAAUAUUUGUUAAUUGG